AUGCGAUACCCUCUCGUUCUAUCCCUCUUGUCCGUCUUGGGUGCAGCCACGAAGUCUACCUCUAACGAGACUUACGAUUAUAUAGUCGUCGGUUCCGGUCCAGGUGGAGGGCCUCUCGCAGCAAAUCUUGCCAGGGCUGGCCAUUCCGUCCUUCUUAUCGAAGCUGGAGACGAUCAAUGGAACAACCCAAACUCAGCAACGGUGUGGAACAAUACUCUUGCGAUCAACGAUCCUCUCACUCGGUGGGACUUUUUUGUCACGCACGAUGAACCCCGCUAUGAUGAGGGAUUCACUUUCUCGACUUGGAGACAAACUGACGGGGAGUUCUAUGUUGGAUUAGAUCCUCCAGAAGGCGCCGAGCGACUUGGGAUCUACUAUCCACGAGCCGGGACUCUAGGGGGCUGCACAAUGCACAACGCCGCCUCCAUUUCCCUUCCAGCUGAAUCUGACUGGCGAGCCAUUGCAGACAUCACUGGAGACUCCUCUUGGACGACUGAAAACAUGCGCCAGUAUCUUGUGAGAUUGGAGAGAUGCCACUACCUUGCCAACGGAAGCGAUCCGACCCAUGGAUUUGAUGGAUAUAUCGAUACAUCGCUCGGAGAUGUAUCGUGGUCGAACCACAAUACCCCUGUGGCAGAACUGGCACUGAGACAUCACAAUGCAGCCGCUGGAGAAGGUAACUGGAACCUAACACAGCUUCUUACAAGAGAUAUCAACGACGACUCCGCAAGCAGAGACAACACCGUGGGGGUUUUUGGCCCAUUUACUCAUUCAAACCACGGAGUUCGAUCAAGCCCGAACAAUUAUAUUCGAGCUACUCUCGCGGAUGCUCAAAGGUUUCCCUUGACUGUCAAGCUGAAUACUCUUGCAACAAAAAUAAUCUUCUCCCGAUCUGAUAAGUCUAAAAACAGAAGUUCGAAGCCUGCGGCUACUGGUAUCGAGUUCCUACAGGGUCAGAGUUUGUAUUCUGCCGAUCCAAGAUACAACCCCAAAGCUCGCGGUGUCCCCGGCAAAGCCUUUGCGAGAAGAGAGGUGAUCAUUGCUGCAGGCGCAUUCAACACUCCGCAGCUUCUCAAGCUAAGUGGAAUUGGCCCCCGAGAUGAGCUUAGGAAGUUCAAAAUUCCCGUGGUCAAAGACCUGCCUGGGGUUGGGGUCAACAUGCACGACAACUACGAAACCUCUAUCUACGGAACCUUCGCAAGCACAGUCUAUGGCUUCUACGACAUCUUUGCAAAGACAUCGAAAGCCUUGUUGACCAGAGAUAUCCACUUUUACUGCGGUUCUAUGCAGUUUAUUGGAUUCUGGCCUGGUAUGCCGGGCUGGAACCCAAAUGAGUUUACAUGCGGCUUUAUGCAGCUUCAUCCAAGAAAUAUCAACGGGUCGGUGACCUUAAGGUCUGCCAACCCCCGGGAUAUGCCUAAGAUCCACCUUGGAUUCUUCUCAAAGGGAAACGACGAUGACCUAGCGUCGAUGACAGAAGCCAUCAAUUUGGUUCGCCCGGCGCUACAGACGCUGUCCAACAACACGUUCACGGAAUUCCACCCAUGCCCCAGGGGAUCUCCUUGCACCAAUGAGACUCAGGUGGAGUAUCACCGUACAAAUGCCUACUCGCAUCACGUCACUGGCACUUGUGCAAUUGGCUCAGACGAUAACCCUAUGGCUGUCUUGGAUUCUCAAUUCCGUGUCCGUGGUGUUGAUAACCUCCGCGUGGUUGAUGGUUCGGUUUUCCCAGUUCAGCCAGGCGAACUACCGAGCUUACCCACAUUCAUGAUCAGCGAGAAGGCAUUUGACGAUAUUGUCAGAGAUAUCUAG